CUCAAUUCAAUCAGAUAUUGAUUCUUUAUGGAUAUCCGGAUUCUUCAAUUAUGGCACUCGACGUCUUAAAAUUUGAAUGGUCAAGUCCUACAAUCUCGAAUGGUGGCCCUAACACUACUUUAUGUUUUACUUCGAUUCUAAUUGGAUCUUAUAUUUUUAUCGCUUUUGGUGAACCUG